CUUUGCCCGCGAUCUGUUUGUGUCAUCUCUCUUGCGAGCCACCCGCCGGAGCAAUAACAGGCAGGCCAAAGCCAACGCCGCCGUCAAUUGAUCGAUGGCAAACUCUCGACUUCAGCUGUGGUGGUUGUCUUGACGUCUCAAUACAACACAAGGCUGUCGCUGGCGUUUCGAGGCCCUAAUGAAGAUAUUUGUAUCUGGGGUGAUUCUGCAUCUUCGGCCGCAACAGGGUCAUCCAAACCGUUCCAGCUCCACCGGUCAUGAGGAGCCAGACCGAUUGGAGCUUGUCAUUUCUGACCGACCGACCAGUGACUGCGGUCGGGCGCAGACAAAUCCAUGGACGACCUACAUAUGAAGACUUAUGUUGCCAGACGUCAAUGUGCUCUUUACCGCGGGGUCAUG